GGGCGUACAGGCGACAGCUAGUAGCAGUGUAAGAGAGCGAGCGCGUGAGAGAUUCAAACUCUCUUAGCGUAGUUAUUUAGAGAGUUCGACUCACACCCGAAUCUACGUACAGCAGCUGGUGGAAACCCAGUAAUGGAGGCUGCUCAACUUCCAGCGGAUGCCUUGCCGGCGGGGUGGUCAUCGGGAGGGGCUGGCGCGGGCGACCCAGAGUCGGCACAGCGCAAGGCGCAGCAGGAGCAGCAGGAGCAGGAACGACGAAAGCAGAUCCUGGACCAAAUCAUGACCGUGGAGGCGCGCCUCCGUUUGAGCAACAUCGCAAUGGUUAAGCCGGACAAAGCGAGACGCGUGGAGGAAAUGCUAAUACACGCGGCGACGUCGGGGAAACUCGGCGGCAAGGUGACGGAGGACCAGUUCAUCCAGAUGCUGGAGCAGGUGAGCUCGCAAAUGGAAAAGAAGACCAAGGUGACCAUCAAGCGGAAAACUUACUUCGACGAACAAGACUCGGACGACAACGAUGACGAUAUGAUGUAAAAUGAGUUUUGCAAGACCGAGGAAAGUCGUCCUAUCGGUUUUGCCAGCUGCGUGAUGCGUUGCCGACAUGUGUAGGUGAACGAGUGUUUCUUCUUGAGCUUCGUUGUCAUAAAGGAGGCACCGGGUUGUGUUGAUUACAGAAACGCUUUUCGCUAGGUUGCGAGCUUGGUUUGGUGGACUUGUACAGAACGAGGGGGCGGCAAAGACGGGUCGCAAGUAUUUUUUUUUACCUUUUUUCAGGUACCAAACUCCAUGUAACCGCAGCAAAUUUUUUAUUGUUGUGUAGCACCCGAGGCUGGCGUCUUCCACGCGUACGGAUUUGCAUCAAGCCGCCUGAUAGACGUAAGUAACUGAGGUUGUGUAUCACAUAUUUAAAUAUGUAGGUAGCUGGCGGCGAGCUGGAUCUACCAGCCGGUUGAAGGAAGCACAUCUCAUCGUGUUCGUGAUUCGCUGGUGUGUAUUCGGUGCUGUCCCGAUGCCUUCGAUCUUAGCGUAACUCGGGAACAUACGCGGUGUUUAAUUGUAAGUACGCUGGAGGUGUUGUCGCUCCGCACGGGCAGCUCCAGCAGUAUCAAGAGUAAUACCGAGCCUCUGAUGAGGGACAUCGAUCUGCUGGGAAGGAAACCAUCAACCUAGGAAUGACCCUAUUCGUUCACUAUUGUAGCUUGUUUCUCGAUGGUUUCGAGGUCGGCACUUCGGCCCAAAACAUUGCUCUCUUUGCCCGCCUCCGAACUGUCGGAGGUGUUCUUCUCCGGGCGUAUCUGUUUUUUUGUGGGACGCAGAAUAUUUGAUCCGAGUUUGUCAAGACGGUAGGGUUGGUAGAACUGCUGUGUGCGACGGUUGACAGAAUCAAUUGAUUAACAGG